AUGACGACGGCAUUCGCGGAUCGCCUCGGUCUCCCGCGCACUCGAUGGACUCAGUCCGUUACGGGUCUUUCUGGGAUUCAGGUUCCCGACACCCAAGGUUUUAUGACAUGUCAGAUGCAGCCACGUUUUUCUAGCGAACCGGUAUUGACGGUCAAAGCAUGGAUUUUGCCGUCAAUUACAAGUAAUUUACCGCGGCAGGUAAUUACGGCUCAUGUUAGGCAAAAUUAUAACAAUCUAGCACUUGCCGACCCGUCAUUCGAUACGCCCGGUUCGAUCGAUUUUCUGCUGGGUGCUGAUUUAUACUCAUUAAUUUUGAAUGGCAAACGUAUUGUUGUACAUAACGAUCUUCCCGCCGCAUUCGGUUCGAUAUUUGGAUGGGUGCUCAUCGGUGGCGCUCCCACCACUGUCUCCCUGCCGUGUUUAAAUGUGGUAUCAUUAACAACCUCUUUAGAGACAAUGUUAGAUAAGUUUUGGCAGGUGGAGGAACCUGACGCAGCCCCAAUCGAUUUUACCAAUGAUGGAAAAUGCGAGAAAAUUUUCUGUGAACAAUGCGUACGGCUCCCGUCAGGCCGUUUUUCUGUACCGUUACCAUUUCGUUCGUUGUCUCCAGACAAACUUAGUUUUCCGGGAUCUCGUCAUUUGGCCCUUAAGCGAUUCGAAAAUUUAGAGAAACGGUUACAAACUGAUUCGAAACUACGUGCACUCUAUUGUGAAUUUAUGGCAGAUUAUAUUAAACUUGGUCAUAUGUCCGUAGCCUCUUCCCCGGGAUUGUAUUUUAUACCACACCAUGCUGUGUACAAGCCGGAAAUCGACCCUCGUAAAAUUCGUGUCGUAUUUGACAGUUCGGCUGUACCGUGGGGCGGAAGCUCAUUGAACGACUGCUUAUAUGCUGGUCCGAAGUUGCAACAAGAAGUUGUUGACGUACUUUGCCGUUUCCGUUUGCGCAAAUAUGCUUUUACCGCCGACAUUUGCAAAAUGUAUCGGCAAAUUUUGAUAAAUCCUGAAUACCGUAAAUUUCAACACGUUUUAUGGCGUUCUUCGUCGACUGAGGAACUUGUUGAAUAUGAACUUAAUACGGUGACUUACGGUGUCAACAGUUCGCCGUACCUGGCGCUGCGCGUGCUACAGUUUAUAGCCGACAACGACUGUAUCGACGAGCCUGCCGUUCGUCACGCGUUGCGCUAUCAAACGUAUAUAGACGACGUGUGUACUGGAGCGGAUACUGUAGAAGGCGCGUUGUCGUUACAGAAGGCGUUAAUUUCGGUGCUAGGGAAAUCAGCGUUAGAGCUAAGGAAAUGGUCAAGCAAUUGCAUUGCUGUUCUAGACGCUGUUUCGGUAGAACACCGUGCUGCGACGUCGUUGUCAUUCGAUGACAGUGAUGGGGGAGGAACAAAGGUUCUAGGACUUCAGUGGCACGAUGCCGGUGAUUAUUUUUAUUAUGUGCCCCGCAUAGAAUCGGUACUUGUUACUACUAAGCGAGGCGUCUUAUCAUUAAUAGCCCGCUUGUUUGAUCCACUCGGCCUUCUGUCUCCCUGUAUUAUGUUGGCAAAAUCUAUAAUGCAACGAACCUGGCAACUGUCCCUAGGGUGGGACGAAAAAUUACCUGACGAUAUUAGUAUGGAGUAG